AUGUUCGGACCCUUACCACUACUUGAUGAUAAGCAGUUGAUCCUCAGCAAAUACAGAGGAAGAACAGCGAAGUAUACUGCUACAGCUUACAGCAUAGUUCCAAACAAAGUCCUCUGUAGUGUUGCCUUAUAUAAUUGGCAGCACUUAUCAAACUACAUAGUGUUCCCUGAAAUUAAUUGGGAAAAAUUUGCGAAGACGGCAAACCAUGAUCAUGCAGAGUGA